CACACCCACUGACUGGAAGCAGGAGGUUGCCUUGACAGCCACAGCAUCCCGGGUUUAUUGUCUCCACCAGGGAACAAAAACACGCACGCAGCCUUACGUGGAGCCUCUGGGCGGACAUGGGACGCAGGAGGGGGGACCAGACCGGCCAUUCCUCGCUGAGUUAGAUGGCUCCGGGUUGAUUCAUCCAUCACACCGUGCACCAGCGCCAUGGCUAAGCAGUACGAUGUGCUCUUCCGACUCCUGCUCCUCGGAGAUUCUGGGGUUGGGAAAACAUGUUUGUUAUGCAGAUUCACGGACAACGAAUUUCACCCGUCUCACAUCUCCACCAUCGGAGUUGACUUCAAAAUGAAGACCCUCCUCAUAGAUGGGAUCAAAGUGCGGAUACAGAUAUGGGACACAGCAGGCCAGGAGAGGUACCAAACCAUCACCAAGCAGUACUACAGACGAGCGCAGGGCAUCUUCCUGGUGUAUGACAUCACGAGCGAGCGGUCCUUUCAGCACAUCAUGAAGUGGGCCAGUGAUGUGGAUGAAUACGCUCCAGAAAAAGUCCAGAAGAUUCUGGUCGGGAACAAGUCGGACGACGUGGACAAGAGGCAGGUGGCUACGGAGCAAGGAGCCAAGCUGGCCAAAGCCUAUGGAAUGGACUUCUUUGAGACAAGUGCCUUCACCAACCACAAUAUAACAGAGACAUUUACACGACUGGCUGAGCAGGUGCUGGCAGCCAACAAAAAGGACCUGGAUCUUCUCCGGAUGUCUCUGAAUGAUGAACUUGACCUCGCCGCUCUGGAGGAGGAGGAUGGACUCUGUGACAGUGCAGCUGGUGAUCAGCGCAAAGGCUGCUGGUGUUAAUGAACAGCGUGGACUGGAACCCAACACGUCAUCAUCGCUGCACAUUCGGAAAAAAAAACAAAAAAAGUGUCUCGUUUGGUUUUAGUGUGAAAUAAAGAGGCCCGGAAAACAGUUGGAU